AUGGCGCGGCAGUCUUAUAACACCUUUGAAUCGGCUGAUUCUAAGAGCGCCAAACUUGAGGAACAAGUUGAUUUGUUGCCUCUACAUUACGGCAAGGGGAAUUCACUGAGGAGAAAGCAGGAUGGCGGGCCGUCCGAUGCUGAUUACCUCCUUCUCAAAGUGUCCGCUCUCAUCUCGGCGGUUGGAGUUUUUUGUCUGCUCGCCUAUACUCUCCUCGUACAGCGAGUACCUCCUCGGCCUGAGCUUGAAUAUGUCAAGGGUACUUCGUUCUUGGAUCAUGAGACGCCUAUCAGCGCAUUCGCGGGCAAAUCAUUCCUGAGACAUAACAUCCCUUUCAUCGAUAUCCCCGAUUCGCUUAUACAGGAUGUUUACUAUUACAGGUGGACAUCUAUCCAGCGUAAUCUUCGCUACAUCAGGGCUGGAACGGGUUAUAUGUGUACCGAGUUCGUUCAACCAGUUGGCUACGCCAAGGCUUUCGGUUCUAUCGAUGCCGCGGCUGGACAUCAGAUUGACGAGUCAAGAUGGUUGAGAGAUACCUUCUAUGGUGAUGAUUAUAUCCAUCUCUAUACCCGUGGGCCAGCUGACGCGCUGCAGUACACCCAAUGGAUCCUCGACGCCGCGAGUCGCCGUGCUAUGGUGACCGGAGACACCCAUUUUCUCGCUGCCCAGCUCGAUGACUUGGUUCGCAUAUGGCAUGAAUGGGAUCAAGUCUACGACGGGGCAGCCGGCUUAUACUACUACCAGCCAGUUUGGGAUGCGCAAGAAUUAUCCCUGCCGGGUUUCAUAGCUGACCCUAAUGGGACUGAUUGGACUCUAAGGAAGGACGGCCCUGAUACCUUCAGGCCUAGCCAUAACGCCUACAUGGUGGCAAACGCUAGGGCAAUAGCUCGGGCUGCCCACCUUGCCCGCGAUGGGUUUAGGGAGGUUCAGUUUUCCAUUAUGGCCGACAGCCUCGAGGAGGCUAUGUAUAAGAGGAUGUGGGCCCCCGAGCAGCAGUUCUUCAUGGACAUUAUUCGGCCCAAUAAUCCUAAUUUGACACAGCUUACCGGAAGGGAGCAAGUCGGCCUAUUCCCAUAUCGAUUCGGCAUUGGCCUGAAUAAGUCGUAUGCACAGCCGGCUAUCGAUGCUAUGUUUGAUCCGGAAGGGUUCUUAGCUCCUUACGGCCCAACGACGCUGGAGAUACGAGACCCAUGGUUCAUGGCUACUAGACCAGAUGAUUACUGUUGUUACUGGAAUGGUAUGUCGUGGCCGUAUUCAACAGGUCAUACCUUGAAGUCACUCGCAGCAAUAUAUCGCUCUGGAACUACAAAUGUUACCUCAGAGCAGUACCUACAGUAUCUUCAGACGUAUGCGAGAACCCAACAGAAAGACGAUCAUCCUUAUGUUGCAGAAUCUCACUACCCCUUUCUGGAUACUUGGAGCGCCGACAGUUGGAACCACUCAGAGCAUUACGAUCACUCAACUAAUAACGACGAUGUGAUAACUGGCCUGCUCGGGAUCAUACCGCAGCAAGAUAACACACUUGAAAUCUCACCUAUUACUCCAAAGAAUUGGACUUACUUUGCCCUCGAAAAUCUGUCAUAUCAUGGACACCUCGUAACCAUACUAUAUGAUAAAUACGGAUCAAGAUACAAAGUUGGACAUGGUUUGACUGUUUUUGUUGACGGUAAGGAGGUAUAUAACGGCGCUGGGAAGCAUGCCACGAUACGCAUCCCCCCACCAAUAUUACCAGCCGAUGCCUUGAUUAACAUUGCAGCGAAUCCUACUGGGCCUGGUCAGUACCCGAUGGCUAAUGCGACGUACACCAAUUCCGGCGACUUCCAAUUCAAGGCUAUUGACGGUGUUCUGUUUUACGACUCGAUCCCCGACAAUCGAUGGACAAACUACGGAUCACCAAACCGAAAUGAUACACUUACAGUUACAUUUGCUCGACCUAGAAACAUAUCUUCUGUCACACUCGCGUUGUUCUCAGACGUUGUAAGAGGAGGAGGCGUAGAUGUGCCCGCUCGUAUAGAGGUAUACGGAUCCGCCGGUUUGUUAGCUGCGGUCAAUGAUUCCUCCAGCUUAUUGCCUAACGACCGUAAUGAAAUAACCUUUGAUCAAACCGAGACACAGUUCUUAGCCGUUAACAUGUAUCGGAAGGCAUCCUACCUCUGGGUCGGUAUCUGCGAACUGGAGGUUUGGACGCCGCCCGUCCCUGGUCCAACCUACCACGCAGUUGAUGCUUACCUUACUGGGAAAGACACGCGUGUCCUCUUUGAUAACAGCUCAACUGCUACAGCAAAUGGGGCUGUUGUUGGAGGGCUGGGUACGGACAGCAAUGUAGCCUUUUCCGGAAUCGUGUCCAAUGGUGGUCAGACCUCUCUGAUACUCACAUACUCUAAUUCUGGUAAUACGACGGUAGGGCUAAGUGUCGAAGUUAAUCAGGUGCCACAGACGAGCUUGUAUCUUCUCCCUAGCAAAGGAAAAUACGUCAAUACUACAGCAACGGUCGUAUUGGCUUCUGGAAAGAACUAUGUUAGCUUGAGGGGAGGCUCAGAGGACGAAGGCGUAAGGCUGGAGACUUUAAGCUUGUUCUAAUAUUGCUGAUAGAAGUUCAAUUUAUUAUUUAUUUAUUGUUGUAUAACGCGCCCUGAAUUGUAUUUGUCUGGUUAUAACGCCGAUACUUACGCGACCGCUAACUCAUAAUCAACUACUGGACUAACUAGAUAGCCUAUUCAACAGGGAGCUGGCGAUUGGAACUCUUGCACAUUUGUUUUAUGUUGGGCUACCUCCCACGAAUGAAGGCUGUACAUAUACCUUAUAUCUAGUUGAGUUUUAAAAAGAAUCGAAAGAACCGAAUGAAACCGGCCUAAUGUUAAUAGAGUAGUCCUCGGUAUCUUCGAGUGUUUAUAGUAGUCGUAGCCACCUAUGUAAAGUCCCAUCAUUCCCUCUCUUUGAUGCGAAUUGUCAAUUCUGACGCGCAACGGGAUUGUUGAUAAGCUACGCCCCUUUUGAGACGUGUCGGUCUAACACGUGAAGUGUUAAGUGAGAUCUAUCAAAGGCUUCAUGAAGCCGAAGUCUUAGCUCUCUGAGGAUCAGAUGAAGACGACCGGGCCACGAGUUUCGUGCGCCUAGCUUCG